AUGGCCUCCUCAAGAUUUAGCGCGUUGCCGGCGUUAAGGAAACAACAUCUUCUGGUCGAGUUUGCUGGAUUGAAGCAAGCUUGUCCUGAUGGCGUUUUUGUAAGCCUCACACCAGGGGAUCCGGGUUUGUGGUCCGGAGUACUCUUCGUUCGAGAUGGCCCUUACGCUCCCGCCGUGCUACGAUUCCAAAUAUCCUUUCCCGACUCAUAUCCAAGAUUACCACCGCUCGUUACCUUCUCGACCGAUAUGUUCCACCCUUUGAUAACUCCCCUAAGUACCUACAUGUAUUCGACCGACGUCCAAGACAAUGGUACAGUGAGCGCCACCGAUGCCGAGCGGUUACCACCUGGAGGGUUCAGUUUAAGGCAUGGAUUUCCUGGCUGGUUUAGGCGUUCAAGCCGGGGCCAAAAUGCCGCUGGUGGUAGGCAAUCUAGUGGACAACAAGAGGGCCUAUCAACUCCCCAUAGACCGCCUCCACCCUCAAUGAGCAGCGCAGGCACACCGGGUUCGAAGGGAUCGGCUGUCGGCGCAUCACCAGGAUUCGCAGAAACUACAAAAAGCGAAACUUCCACAUAUGAAGUGCUCCGAUAUAUACGCAGCGCAUUUAGCGAUGAAGAUGUUUUAGAUUCUAUACCUAUCGAGGCUGCUGGGAAUCCUGGUGCUUGGCAUGCCUGGAGGACACACCGUGCCGAUGGCGGGAAGGUGUUCUCUGAUACCCCUAGUGGUACUGAGACAGAAAGCGCUGAUGCCGAAUCUAAAAAGGCCCUUGAAGCUGUAAGGAAACCAGGAGAUUGGAAUUGGGAAGGCGUGUGGGAAGAAAGAGUCAAAAAAGCUGUAAAUGCAAGUUUAUCCGAGCCUGUCCUAUUUGGCGGGGUAGGUGCCGCCGACGAUGUCAUACGCUUUCUCAGUAUGGAAGACAAUGACGUGGAUGCCGCCAAGGAAAACCUCUUGCGAACCUUGAAUGAUGAUCCUUGA